AUGAAGCCCAACAAAGACUCUGUUACCCUUGCUCUUGUUUUGCAAGAUUUAAGCUGGAACAGCAUCAAAGAAUUGGAUGAAAACGCAUUUUCUAACCUUCCUCGCUUGCAAGAACUGAAUUUGGCAUCGAACAGCAUUCACAGUAUUCCAGAUUUUACAUUUCAAAAAAUGAAGAAAUUAAUAACUUUAUGUUUGCAGAACAAUUAUAUUGAGUAUGUCGGGCCUAAUGCAUUUGAAGGACUUGUUUCUUUGAAAGUGUUAGAAAUCAAUGGAAACCAGCUGCUGGAAUUGCCUCAAGCCCUUCAAAAUCUUCCACUUCUAAAAGAGCUGUCCUUUUCUAACAACAAGAUCCGGUUCCUGUCAAGGUCGAGUUUCAAAUCUAAUCCUCAUCUUACUACGCUUGAACUAUCCGGUAAUCCGAUUGAAAUUGUUGAUAAAAGUACUUUUUCCAAUUGCCCCCACCUAAAGAAACUGAUUUUGUCAGAAGCUCGUCUAUUGGAAGACUUUCCAGACAUCAAAGGUACUUCGUCUUUAGAGCACCUUCGAUUAGACAGAGCAAAACUGACUUUCGUUCCUCGGGAUCUGUGUGUGACUGCUUCUUCUUUGAAAAGCCUGAAUUUAAAAUCGAACAAACUUACUGAUUUGCCAAUCUUAACAGGCUGCAAGAAACUUAGAUUGAUUGACUUGAGCUACAAUAACAUAGAGGCAAUUGAAGAUUACGCUUUUUCCAGCCAAAGUCGACUUAUAGACUUGUUCCUUGGACACAACCAGAUAAAAAAGAUUUCAAAACAUACGUUUGAAGGCCUUGUUUCUCUGCAAGUUUUGGACUUGGAAGGUAAUGAAGUAGAUGAAAUUGAUAUGGAAGCUUUCACGCAUUUCGAAGAUCUCAGAGAUUUAAAUUUAGGAGCUAACAAAUUCCCAAAGCUACCAACCAAAGGCUUACAGAAUCUUCGCCAACUGAAAACAUUCAACAACAGGGAACUGAAGGACUUCCCUCCAAUCGAAACAUUUCCUCGUAUCAAUACACUAGCUCUAUCGUACGCAUACCACUGCUGUGCUUUUAUGGCUUCCACGACUCACAAAGGCUCGCCAAGAUCUUCAACUGCUCUCCAGGAAACUAUUGUAUGGCUCUCUAAAGAUGAUGUGGACAUGUCAUCUUGGAAUGCAAAUCUAACUGACAUAUGGCCGGGAUCUGGUAAUUUUUCGACGAAGCUCGAGGAAUUCGCCAACCAGCUUUGGAAAACGUUUGGUAGAGAUUAUACCAUUCCAGAUAAUUUGGCGCAAUAUGCUGAAGAAUAUUUUGAAGAUUAUAAGUCUGCUUUCAACAAUGAAGAAAAUCCAUUGGCAAAAUUUUCUCUGCAAUGUCUACCGGAACCAGGUCCUUUCAUGCCUUGUGAGGAUUUAUUUGGAUGGUGGAGUCUACGAUGUGGAGUUUGGGUAGUUUUCCUAUUGGCGCUCUUGGGAAAUGGAGUUGUUGUCAUUGUUCUUAUUAUUGGACGCAGUAAGAUGGACGUACCACGAUUUCUGGUUUGUAACCUUGCUGGUGCUGACUUCUUCAUGGGCAUCUACCUUGGAAUGCUUGCAGUAGUUGAUGCAUCCACCUUGGGAGAAUUCAAGGUGUCUGCUAUCAAGUGGCAAACUUCAAUCGGAUGUCAAGCGGCUGGUUUCCUAGGCGUCCUCAGCAGCGAGUUGUCCGUCUUCACGCUUUCCGUAAUAACACUUGAACGAAAUUAUGCCAUUACUCAUGCCAUGCACCUCAAUAAACGCUUAUCACUACGUCACGCUGGAUACAUAAUGUUUGUGGGAUGGACUUUCGCUUUAGCCAUGGCUUCUUUGCCUUUGUUUGGGGUCAGUGACUAUCGGAAGUUCGCAAUUUGUCUGCCAUUUGAAACUGAAGACGCUCUUUCUCUGAGUUAUGUGGUUUUCCUCAUCCUGAUCAACGGUGUUGCUUUUCUCAUCCUCAUGGGUUGCUAUCUCAAGAUGUACUGUGCCAUCCGUGGAUCGCAAGCCUGGAACUCAAACGACUCGAGAAUCGCUCGCCGUAUGGCCCUUCUGGUAUUUACCGACUUCAUUUGCUGGGCUCCGAUAGCAUUUUUUUCUUUAACGGCUGUGUGUGGUUUGCAGCUCAUAUCUCUAGAAGAGGCCAAGGUGUUUGCUAUAUUUGUACUGCCACUCAACAGUUGCGCCAAUCCUUUUUUAUAUGCAAUAUUUACGAAACAGUUUAAAAAAGACUGCAUCCACAUAUGCAAGAGGAUUGAAGAAUCUCGAGUCACUCGUGGCAUUGGUCGAGGAAGACACAGCUCCAACUUCUCAAAUCGUCAAACUCCUGUUACAACAAAUUCUGCAGCUGCUGCAGCGACUCCUGGUAGCGACAGCGAACCUCAACGGGCUCGCAUGUUGUCUAGUAGCGUUUGUCGCUGCAGCAAGACGUCUUGGAAGCCUAAAGAACGAACUCGCAGUGGAUGGAAGGAGUGGGCAUUCAAAUAUGUCCUUUGUCGAGGAAAGGAAUCUGAACGUAGCUCAGCGGAUAGUUACACCUAUGCCAUUGCACAAAUUCAAAAGAAUAACGAAAAACGGAAUAAGCACACUACUAGUAUAUCCAGCGAAAACUUUUCCUCAAGAUCAGACAGGUAAUAUACCACUAAGAUUAAUGGACCAAGAAACAAGACAAGGCUCUUGGCGCAAAACUUCAGAAGAUUCUAAUAUGUCUUGCAGUCGACAAGACUCUUCUACCUCAACAUUUCAUAUGUCACGUUCAAGUUUUAGCAGUGAUAGCUCAUCACAACCACGCUCCACAAGACCACUGCUGGGAAAUACAAUUCUUAAUAACAGGGAGUCCUUUCGAAUUGGACGUGAAAAACCAAAAUUGUGUCGACAAAGUGCUGUUACGGAUGACAAAUCUCAAAGCCUUAACAGGCAUGAGCUUAAUCGCAAACUACCAAAAGAAAAGACUAUUGAAGGACUGUGUCCUGUCUGUGCCAGAAAGGAAGGUUUUAAGAGCAAAGAAUUGGAGGAAAAAUUUGCCUGUUUUUACAAUCGCCUAGUCGAGAGUAGCUACGGAGAAAGUAGCGAUACAUUUUCUUCAAAAGAGGACCAGAUUGUACUGUCAAGUGAAGGACAUUCUGCAGAAACAAAGGCUGAAACAAGUAAUGAAUCACCAGUACCAAAACCAGUUUCGUCAUCAAUUCAAAACCCACGAAUUGAAAUAAAUCCAAUAACUGAAGACAAGUCUGUAACAAUCCUGAUGAAUGCCGCCGUUAAGGAAUCUUCUAAUUGCGAAACAGACCAGAAAUCACGUUAUCAUCUCGAUACCAUUGAGCAGGGAAAAGAAAAGAGUCAAAGUUUAAUAAAUAUCAGCGCAAAGAUUAGCUCGGAAGGGACUAAGAAAGCUUCCUCGGAUAAUUCUUUGACUAAACUUUCACUGAGCACCUUACCAGCCAUAUUUAAGUCACUGACUAACAGAGGAGCGUCAGUUGAGAAAAAUGUAGCUUGUGUUACAGCAAAAACUAUGACUGCUUUAAGAUCCUCCAAAAGUGAAAAUGUUGUGAAGGACUGUGCGAAUAUUGAAAAGGAGCAAACUUUUGCGAGCAAUAGUUUUUUAACAAGAAGAAGCGAAAGUUCAAACAAUGAAAGUCUGCAUAGUGGUUUGCUUACAGCAAACGUUUCAAAAGAGAGUGACAUGAAGGCUUCAUCCUCUUCACCAAAUAUCAGAGUAAAAUCCUAUGAAACGUCUCCUUUGAUAGACCACGAUGAGUAAUUUAUUUUAUUGGGAAAAUGUUUCUUUGUGUAGCUAGUCUUUUCAUUUCUCGUUCGCAAGUUCCUGUAAAUUAUAAAUUUUGGAAUUUUAUCAUAAAGCUUCGAAUAUUAUUUUCCCAAAGCUUAUAUGUUUAAAAAUGAUCCGUGCCAAAUUAAAGUGUUCAUUUUAAGUUACGAAAAUGUCAUCUAAGUCACAAAAUACCGAAUGAAUGUGAAAACUGCCACUUAAAUCUGUGGCGAAUCUUUGAAUUUUAAAACAUAACUUCUUCCUUACACUUAAACAAAUGUUAUAUAUGUGAACUUUCCUUUUCAUCUCUUUAAUGUGACCACUGACUAAAUCUUCCAAAAUCAUGUUAGUAUGUAUUUGUAAACCAGCAAUAUAAUGUUUUUUUCUGUAUUUGAAAGAAAUUGAGGAAUACAAAGUUAGUCUUAAAAUAUCCUCAAAAGCCAAGAUAUCUGUGAUAAAAACUAUUUUAUUUUCAUUUUUAUUAUUUGCAUAAGUCA